AUAGUAUAUAAUGAUUCAUGGAAGGACUUCAUUGCACACAAUCCCUUCAAAGCAAAUCUCAGCAAUCCGGAGAUAUCAUCAAACAACUCUUCUCUUUGUUGAGUAAUAUAAAGUCCUGUUCGUUCUUUUUAUUCUAAAAACCACCCUUAAUCGUUUCUGUUUCUGUUUCUUUAUUUCAUUAUAUCUAUCAUCAUGAGCAGAUUAGAAGGAAAAACCAUAUUCAUUACUGGUGCUUCUGCAGGAAUCGGAAAAAGUACCGCCAUUGAGCUUGCCAAGACGGCUAAGGUUAAGCUUAUUCUUGCUGCUCGUCGUCUUCCUUUGGUCGAAGAGUUGAAGAAGGAAAUUGAAUCAAAGUAUGAGGGCGUCAAGGUGCUUCCAUUGAAACUUGAUGUCUCCAAGAUCGAGACGAUCGAGCCUACGAUCGCCUCUUUGCCUGAAGAGUUUGCGAACGUUGAUAUUCUUAUUAACAAUGCCGGUCUCGCAUUGGGUAUUAGCACCGUCCAAACCUUGGACAUGCAAGAAGCUUUGACCAUGAUUAACACCAAUGUCGUUGGCCUCAUUGCAAUGUCUAAGGCUGUGCUACAAAUCUUUUACAAAAAUGGCGGCAAGGGCGACAUUGUGAACAUCGGUAGUACUGCUGGUCAGGAAUCUUACAAGGGAGGCUCAGUGUACUGCUGUACUAAGUCUGCCGUUACACAAUUUACUUCCGCUCUGCGUAAAGAGACCCUUGAUACCCGUAUCCGUAUCAUUGAAGUUGAUCCCGGUAUGGUUGAAACCGAUUUCAGUCUUACUCGUUUUCAUGGUGACAAGUCCAAGGCCGACAGUGUUUACCAAGGAACGGAGCCUCUGGUUGCGCAAGACAUUGCAGAAGUUAUUGUCUUCUGUGUUAGCCGCAGAGAAAACACUGUUAUUGCACACACCACUGUUCUUCCUUCUCACCAAGCCACUAGUAAUUCUGUUUACAGAAAGAGCGCUUAGGUGCACCUUUAUAUCAAUAUAAUGACUCUAUGUUUUAACUUCUAUUGUCUUGUGCGUUUAUUUAUGAGACCACCUGUGGUUCGGUGUAAACCGUUUACUAGUGUAGCUCAUUUAUUAUUAAAUAUUCUAUUAGUUAAUUAUAAUGACAUUAUAAAUUGAAAGGGAAGGAACGAACGAAGA